UUCCAGCCUGUGAGAAAAAUGUUUUAGCUUCGGUUCUAAUCUGCUGGUCCAAUAGGGAAACUCAGUGGCCAGUAAAAGAACAAAUUUACAGAACUUUACUGACCAGUGCAGUUUCAUUGUUGUUGUCAUUUUUUAUAGAGCCAGUGUUUACCUGGCAGACUAUGUUUAAACUUGGACCCAUCAUUUGCCCAAGGUUUAUAUAAGACCCGGAAGUUCCAUUGUGUCCUGUAGUUAUUUAGUGCAGGCGGGAGUGAACUUCUACAGGAGAAGGAAGAGAGGAGCAUCUGAGUUCCUAACCUGAGUGGAAUGUGUUCAGUUCAACAUCAAACAGAGUCUCUUGUCCUGGAGAAAACUGUAGAACAUAAAGAUUGCAUGUGAAUUCUUUCUACUGUUGACUUCACUACCUGUGUGGAAGCUGUGUAACAUACUCUAACAUCAUGGCACAUUACUAUGAGGAUGGGAGGAGAAGAGGACAUGAUAUACCCAUGCAUGCAGUGAAUUCCUCACACUAUUAUGAUCACAAUGUACAUCCAAGUCAAGUCACUCUGGAUGUGCCGGAGAGUUAUCGCCCUGGCAGGAGGGGGUCUGAUGCCCCUAGCUAUAAGUCUUCAGAUGAUGGCAUGGAGAGAGAGAGAGAAGAAGAUAUGGAGAGACAGAGGGAACUAUUGAUGAACUUACCUAGUGCACAACUAAGUCACCAAAUGAUGGAGGGGUACAAGGGCCACAGAACUCUGCGCAGAAAAUCUUCUAUGCGCCAUCGUAAAAGGAGCCACCACAUUCAUCAUGGAACGGUGCGUAUGCAUGGCAGCAACGUAGCACAAGAACUGGUGAGGGAGAUAGAAAACAGUCCAGACUACAUGGACGGUGAUAUGGACGAGGUGGAGGUCACAGAGCACCUCAGAGGGAUGACCAGUGCUACCCUGGCCACUAAGAGACAAGUCAGGCAAGAUAUUCAGAGGUCAUCAGAAAAAAGAGUGGCCACACAAGGGGUUGGAGCAUAUAAAAGAUUCAAAUACAAUUUGUCCAUACAAUACAGUCACUUCAAACAGAAACUUGCUGACAUCAGGUAUUCCUUAAGGUUCUGGCAUGGGCACCUGAAGAAGAUAGAGGGUCAUUUUGGAACCGGUGUCACGUCAUACUUCAGGUUCCUCAAGUGGCUGUUUAUCAUCAACAUCCCUGUGUUCCUGUUAUCCUUCUUUUUCAUUGUACUACCUGAGAUGCUUUUCAGGGGACCAUACUGCCAAAUGAUCACUUUUAAUGUAACAGACUUACUGACUGGAGGGGGCUGGCUGAGUGAAACUUUGCUGUAUUAUGGAUUUUACACAAAUGAGAGCAUUGAACUCCACCUCAGCAAAGGUCACUACUACAACAUGCAGCAUGCUUACCUCUUCACUUCUGCUGCUUAUUACAUCUGCAGUCUAAUUCUUGUCAUGAUUAGCCUUUCUAAGUCAUACAAGAUAAACUACAUCCAGGGUAGUGGUGAAUUCAGCUUUUACUAUGUGAGCAAAGUGUUCUGUGGCUGGGACUAUGGGAUCACUGAUAAAGAUGCAGGAAAUCUCAAGCAUAAAGCACUAUACAAUGAACUUCAGGAGUAUCUAGCAGGCUAUCAUGAGGAGAAAAAUCUGACAUGUCAGCAGCGGUGUGGCUGGUUCAGCCUGCGGGUCUUCACCAACCUAAUAGUGCUGGGGAUGAUAGGGGGUGCUGGCUAUGUAAUAUGGUACAUUUCAGAGACGCAGUCUGUCCGGACAAAUAUCCCUGUGCUGAGCUCUCUUGCCAUGCCUCUUUGUGUGUCUUCAAUCAACUUGCUCUUCCCCUUUGCCUUCUCUGUCAUUAGCUCAUUUGAGAGGUACAGCAAACCCAAGUAUGAACUCUACAUCACUAUGGCAAGGACAAUCCUACUGAAAGGCACCACCCUGGCAGUGUUGAUCUAUUUCUGGUUCAAUGAUGUGGAUUGCAACUUAAAUUCAGAUGAAAAACAAUCAAAGAGUCACACAUGUGAACAGGCUCCAGUCUUUCUCCUCACAUUGUCAUGUUGGGAGACAUUUAUGGGAGAACAAAUCUACAUGCUUGUGUUGGUGGACUUUGUCUUUGUACUCUUGAUCACUUUCUUUUCUGAGUUCAUCAGAAGAAUCAUGUCCCAGUUUUGCUGCAAGUCACUAGGGCAUCCCGAGUUCAACAUUGGGAGAAAUACCCUGAAUCUGAUCUACUCUCAGGCUCUGGUCUGGCUUGGCUCCUUUUACAGUCCCCUGUUGCCUGUGAUCCAACUUAUCAAGUUGUUUAUAACAUUUUAUGUCAAAAGAGUGAGUGUUAUCCAGAACUGUGUCCCUUCCCUUAAACCCUGGAGAGCUGCCAGAGCACACACCACCUUCCUCAUCCUGCUGCUGCUGGCCUUCUUUGUGACUGUAGUGGCAGUAGUAUACAGUAUUGUGUUUAUCAAACCCUCUGAAACAUGUGGGCCAUAUCGAGGUAUGAAUGAAUCAUAUGAAGUGGUAACUGAGAUGAUAACUUCUUGGCAGGAUGAGGUGAGAGGACUUGGGGAUGCCAUUGCAUUUAUCACUUCUCCAGGCUUUGUAGCAGGAAUUAUCACUGUUCUUUCAAUUUUUGUGUACUACACACAUGAGGUGACAGUUGGUCACAAGGCAAUGGUGGAACUUAUGAAAAGACAACUUCAGAUGGAGGGCAGGGACAAGGUGUUCCUGCUGAAGAUGCUUCAAGAUGUCAACAAGAAGGCACCAGCAGCCGAGCAGGUGAACAGAAGAGUUCAGACACUUCACCAAGAUCUGGAUAAUUCCGGUGUGGGUCUUCCCAUGUCUCCAGGAGGAAGAACAUUUGCCAAAGUAGAGUCUGCUGCCAAAGAUGCAAAGAAAAUGGAUUCUCCAGCUAUGAACAAAAAGGGCAAAAAGUACCUUGCAACCCAAGAGCAGGAAGAUGUAGGUUCAGGGGCUGAUAGCCCCAGUAGGCGACGUAAAGAUAUCAUGUCUGGCCCUGCACAGGGCACACCCCCUGAGUCCCGACAUGGUCAGCGCCCUUAUACUGAACUGUGGGUGCCUGGGUCAUCAUCUAACAACAACGCCACUCCCUCCAAGGCUGGUCCUGACAGGAGGGAAGAGAUGUUUAACCCCACCUAUGAGGAACGCUCUCCCAGAAAUGAAAGGAAGAAUGACCCUGAUUCCAGAUACAGGCAAGAUCCAGUCAGAGGAGGAUCACAUCAGAGCAUGGAACCCAGGGGGGUGGGGCAUGACCCCAGAGGUAUGGGACAUGAUCCCCAAGGGAUGAGGCCACACCCUGGACAGGACCCCAGGGGAAUGGAACCUUAUCCAGGACAGGACCCCAGAGGAAUGGGAAUGCACCCUGGACAGGACAACAGAGGAAUGGGACCAUACCCUGGACAGGACCCAAGAGGAGUGGGAAUGCACCCUGGACAAGACCCAAGAGGAUUGGGAAUGCACCCUGGACAGGACCCCAGGGGAAUGGCACCUUACCCUGGACAGGACCCCAGAGGAAUGGGAAUGCACCCUGGACAGGACCCCAGAGGAAUGGGACCAUACCCUGGACAGGACCCAAGAGGAGUGGGAAUGCACCCUGGACAGGACCCCAGAGGAAUGGGACCAUACCCUGGACAGGACCCCAGGGGAAUGGCACCUUACCCUGGACAGGACCCCAGAGGAAUGGGAAUGCACCCUGGACAGGACCCCAGAGGAAUGGAACCAUAUCCUGGACAGGACCCCAGAGGAAUGGGACCACACCCUGGACAGGACCCUAGGGGAAUGGGACCAUACCCUGGGCAGGACCCCAGGGGAAUGGGACCGUACCCUGGGCAGGACCCUAGGGGGAUGGAACCAUACCCUGGGCAGGACCCAAGGGGCAUGGGGCCUCUUCCAGGACAUGGCCAGAGAAGGAAAAGCAAAGACAAUGCUGGGAAGAAAAACAAGAGAAAAUGAAAGUUCAGAAUUACGAAGGUGCACUAUAGACUUAUGCAAGAAUUCCAAAUAUAUGCUAAAAUGCACUCAUUCUAAUGUAUUGGUUGUGUAUCCAAAAAUAUAUGCACUAAAGUCUUAAUAAACCUACAUAUCUGUGGGAACAUUCAUGAUGGUAAAAUAAUAGAAGCUUUAAAGUAAAGCUUGACAUGCAGCAUGUGUGCAGAAAUUAAUUAUACCAACAAGGGCUGAAAUGCGAAUAUGUGAUUUGAUACGUACUUUUGAAUUAUGCCAAAUCCAUGAAGCUGAGAAGUUUUAUUCCCAGUAAAUUAUUAGAAAAUAUGUUUUGUUGACUCAUGAGUACUAAUUCACCUGGCAAAAAGUAUAAUUUUAAUGCAGAUUUGUUAAAUGAAGUGCCUUAGUAUUAAAAAGUAAUAAAUAAAAAGUAAAAAGUAGUAAAAAGUAAUAAAUAAUUA